AUGGGCCAUUUCUUGACCAGUCGUCCCUCGAGGGGCCUCGCGCCUGCAGGUGCGGCUAAUGAACAGCAACCGCGUCGCAUCAAGCCAGUCCAGUCCAACAAAGCGACCAUCGAGACUCCAUGUAGCGAAGCCUGCGAUCCUUAUGCAGUCCCAAAGAUGACACACCGGGGCUCUUUGCCUUCGGGGCAGGCCUUCAAUGGCCAGCAGCACGUCCCCCAGCCUUUCCACGAUCCCUACGGCAAUGGCAAUGGCAACGGCGGCGGGAGUGGGAAUGGCCAGAAUCCGAACUACGCGAACGCUGCAUACGGUAGUCACGGGCAAGCGCAACCAAUUCAUGGCAACUACCAUCAGCUGCCCGCUCCAGCUCCUGCUCCCAUCCUUCCUGCGCCUGCGCCGAUGAACAUGCAAGCAAACGGAUAUGGGCAGUUUCCUGCGUAUGGCGGCACCUUCCCGCAGCAGCAACAGCAGCAGCAACAGCAGCAUUACCCCCACCAUCACCAACUCCAGCAGCCCUUUCCUCACGGCAAUGCGAUGAAUGCCCAGUUCGCAUCUCCUCAUUCCCCAUUCAACCAAACCACGCACGCCUCUCUCUCUCCCGCGCUUGCGCCCGCACCGACGCCGACACCGACGCCGCCCAUCUACGCUGAGUAUCAGCCGACGCAGCAGCCGCAACAUCAACCACAAUUCCAGCCUCAUUUCCAGCAACCGCCGCAACCCCCGCCUCAACCACCACAGCAGUUACAGCAGCUACAGCAACAGCGUAGUCCCCAAGUGUUCCCGGCAGUGCCCCAGUAUACCCAGUUCUCUCAGCCACCCAUGGGCCAAACUCAGACCGUGCCAGUUCUGAACCAGACUUUCGCCGAACCUUCCCAAGUUCAACCGAGCCCCGAGCCUCACUUUGCCAACUCGCCUACCGUCCAGCCGGCGCGAUCUCCCAGUAUAGCUAGAAAGUCACCUGCGAUAUCGUCGAUGAACUCUCCGGCAAUAUCCUCCAGGGGCUCUCCCGCCUUGUCGACGAAAGCAAGGUCCUACGACACGACGACGAUCCUCGUACACGUGGCAGAAGAGUGUUUCGACAAAGCACGUCGUGGCGUACAGAGAGUGGCGGUAUCUGGGUCAGAUGAGCAGAUGCGCGAGUAUCAAAAGUUGAUUGCCACUGGGUUGGCGUGCCUUGAGGCAGCGUUCCAAAGCAACCGACUAUCUCCGAGACAGGAGGCGAAAGCAAGAUUGAGAUAUGCGUCUAUCUUGUGUGAUGAGACUGAGAACCUUCAAGAGGCAGAAACAGCCUUGAGCAAGGGCAUCACCAUCUGCGACAAGCAUAGAUACGCCGACCUCAAGUACUGUAUGCAAUAUUUAUUGCUGAAAGUAUUGUUUCAGAGAAACCAGAAGGCGGCGUUCAUUGCUGUUGACAAGAACAUUGCAGACUGCCUCACUUUCAAACACAUCCACUGGGUCUAUGCCUUUCGUCUGCUGAAGGCCACCUUCCAUGUCCAUGCGGGUAGUCCGCCUGAUGCGGCAGUGUUGGACAACUUGCGCGCUAUCGCCGUUCUGGCGAGCGAGCGAGGAGACAAUGCCAUGGUUGUCUUCGCCUCUCUCUUGGAAGGCUUGUCGGUCUUGAGGAAUAUGCGCUCCGACACAAUCGAGCGUGUGCAAACUUGUCUGGCGCAAGCUACCAAGUUUCAACUGGAUCCUUCUGUCCAAAUACCGCAGCUGGAUGUUUUGAUGCUGCUACUCGACCUUGCGUGCAGCAUGCACCAGAAAACGCCCGAUAUCCUGAUCCACAAGCUGAGGACACUCCAAGCAAAGCUUGAUGCGAAUUUGGGAUCCCAGACAUGGACCGAUUUAAAUCCAGAGAUCUUGAUCCCCAUCAAGAAACACAAUUCAACCUCUGCAACCCUCAGCGAUGACACCUCCGCAAUCCUCCGAUCGGGACCUCCCAAUGGUCAACACGACUACAUCGUCAUGACUUUCUUGAACAGGUUGGAGAUUAUUGUAUUGACAUACACGUUCAGUGGUUUAGCCGGGAUGUAUCGCCCUGGUUCGGAUCCUAAGAGGAGUCACGAAUUCUGGAAGGAGGGAUUCGAUGUUUUGGCGAAAUGGAAUAAAGAGAUAGCUCCUAGCGUCCCGGCGGCAUCUCUGCGUGAGUCGAUGGAGCAGUCUAAAUGGAGGACCGAAAUCUUCUGUUACUUGCAAGCCCUGACGGGGUUGUACUUCGCAACUCACAGCCAAUGGCCGAAGGUUGAACAGUGCGUGGCACAACUUCAACAGGCUAUUACGCCAGCCGUGAACGAGAUAUUCAGUGUAUUCGCACUUUAUCUCUCCGGGGUCUAUCAUCAGGGCACUGGUGAUUUGGAGACUGCUCUGUUGUUGUUCGAAGAUGUUAGAUUGAGUGUUGAUGCUGGCCGUGGAGGCCCAGGUGGUAGAAAGCCCGCCAAACUGGAGCUGUGCAUACUCGCUGCGCUGAAUCGCAUCUGGAUCCUUCAAGACUCGUCUUACCGUGACGAGAUGACGUCUACCGAGCUGUUGGACCAGUUGCGACCAAUGUGUACGGAACAUCAAGACCCAGACAUACGCACCGCCUUCAAUCUCGUCCAGGCAACAGCUCAGACGAUGCCCCCGCCGUCCAUGCACCAAAUCAAAACGAGUAUCACAAACUCAUUGAACGGUUCAAGGGUGACAGGCAACACGCACUGUCUGGCGAUAGCCCUCAGCAUCAUGCGGUCCCGAUUGUUCGAUAAUGUGGUGGGCGAACAAGCGCUUAAAAGCGCAAGGGCAGCCUCGACACAGGCGAAGCGGAGUGGGAACCUGCUUUGGAUGAGCGUGGCGGAUGGUAUGCUGGCCGAUUCUUUUGAAGUCCAAGCACUGUUCGCAGACGCUGAAGCAGCACGGCAGACGGCCACGGACUAUGCGUCUCACGCAUUCACUGGGAAGGAGUAA